GGUUUCCGACGAAAGCGUCGAGUAAAUCCAGGGCUUCGCUCGCGGAGUGAAAAUCCGGAUGAAGAGUUGGGGGGUCGUCCGCCGAACAGGAAGCGGGGUUGCCCAAGUACAGUAGAUUGAAGCAAAAUGGCUGUCCGUCAGUCAGACCUGGGCACAAAUGGAAUUACACCUAUCCAACAAAUGAUAGCUUCAUGUUCAGGUGCUUUCAUGACUUCAUUGAUUGUUACACCAUUUGAUGUUAUUAAAAUACGGCUGCAAGCACAGAGAACUCCGUUUUAUAAAGGAAAAUGUUUUGUGUAUUGCAAUGGUCUGAUGGACCAUCUGUGUGUCUGUGAGAAUGGAAAUAAUGCUGCUUGGUACAAAGCACCGGGGCAAUUCAAAGGAACGUUUGAUGCAUUUAUUCAAAUUGUUCGUAAUGAGGGACCGAAGUCACUCUGGAGUGGACUUCCUCCAACAUUAGUAAUGGCGGUACCUGCAACAGUUAUUUACUUCACUUGUUAUGACCAGUUACGGGCCUUUUUGAAAUACAAGCUAGAAUAUGAUGGUGCCUACAUUCCAUUGAUAGCUGGAGCUUUAGCUCGAGUGGGUGCAGUAACUGUCAUAAGUCCCUUGGAGCUAAUCAGAACAAAAAGCCAGUCUCGUAAGCUGACGUAUAGAGAACUGGGUAGUGUUGUUAAGAUCGCAGUAGCACAAGAUGGAUGGCUUUCUCUCUGGAGGGGCUGGGGACCCACAGUGCUCAGAGAUGUGCCAUUCUCAGCAAUUUACUGGUUUAAUUAUGAGCUGAUGAAGAGCCAGUUAUGCAAGAAAUACAAUAAGAAUGAACCUACAUUAACGAUCAGUUUUUCCUCAGGAGCAACAUCAGGCGCAAUUGCAGCUGUAUUGACUUUACCAUUUGAUGUGGUGAAAACCCGCAGACAAAUUGAACUUGGAGAGCUGAACACAAUGAAGUCACAAAAAACCUUAACUGCCACCUGGAAAAUAAUGGAAAGAAUUGUAACUGAGUCUGGAUUUAGAGGUUUAUUUGUUGGUUUAUUGCCUCGUUUAAUGAAGGUAGCACCAGCUUGUGCUAUAAUGAUCAGUUCCUAUGAAUAUGGAAAAUCAUUUUUUCGUAAAAUAAACAGAGAGCGGGAAGUAAAAGGGGAUCUCCAAUCAGACAUCAGUUGAGAGAAUCCAUGCAACUGGAAUUUGGAGAAAUCAAAACAUGGAAAUGCAUUUCUUGCCAAGUUAAAUUGACAAAAGGUUCAAAAUGACCUACUACCUGUUGUACAAAGGAGUGACCUUGGAAAAUCAAGCAGUACGCAGAUGGAAAUGAAUUGUUUGUAGAAUGCAUUUUCUGACUCUUUGCGCUUACAUUCACUAAAAUGCAUUCAUUGUUGUGGCUUACAUUCAAAGGUCCAGUCACGAUGAUGUGAAAGUUGCAGAAAUAAUGAGAUUUCCAUUAAAGAAAAAUAAUAGGAACCAAUUAUGUAUUUUGUAUUGUACAAUUGUAACUCCACAUCUAAAGUUUCGCAACCUAGAGAGGUAAGAAGCGGAUCUUGAAGUUGUAUCUUAUUAUAAGUGGAUGUUUAAAAUGCAACUGUAGAAAUUUAAGUGCAAUACUAACACAAAAUGAUCUUAUUACAAAUAAGUAAGCAAUGAAAUCUGCCAAAUCAGAUGAACAAAAUUGUUUCAGAACAGUCAACUUAUUGCAAUGAAGAUUUCUUGAAACCAGUCUAGUAAAUAUUAAUUUGUGGAAUUUUGUUUGUUGAGAAAUGUGACUUGGUGCCAAAUAUACCUUUUGUAAAAUAAAAUAUUACACACCUUAA